AUGACGACAUCCACUCAGCGAUUUGAGGAUAUGCAGCCACAUAAACGGCAAGCUCAGAGGGCUGGCCCCAGUAUACAUUCAUCCACUCUACUUAAAAUGCCCGUGUCGGAGCCAGCUCUGUUGUCAGGGCAACCUCUAUCUGAUCGGCUCCUAGACUUAAGGCAGAGAUCACUCGAACCAGCAAAUAUUAUUCGUCCAGGCUGUUGGCAGGCUGCAAACGAACACAAGGGCAUGAUGGAAACCAAGCCUAAUGGUGAAGAAGAGAAGAGAGUUGCCGGUAGGUUUCUAUAA